GAAUGUUUUAUUUCAAUGCACCUUAUUCAACAAUCUAGUUGUGAAUCAUUUAGGAGCUCAUCACCAUAUCUUGGGAUGAUUCAUUCUGUUGCAUAGGAGGUGUGCCACCCACAACUCCUUCCGACAACUUUCCCAAUCCAGACACCUGACUUCUUCCUCAAGGGUUGCCGUAAACACCUGCAACGAAGCUUACAGAAACAGGUUGAGAAGUAAAGAGCAGAAAUGACCACCUCCAUUGCUGAGUCUGGCUAAAAACACCUCUCAGCUAACUAUCCUAUAGGCAACUUCAAGCACCAAUUCACUACUGAUGAUCGUAACUAAGGAAUAAGCUGGUCUCCUAUCCCACUUGGGCAAAAAGUAUUUACUAACUUGGAGGCUGGCUUUGUAAAACCAGUUGCACAACUGCAUCAGACUGGCUGUUUGAAGAAAUUUUGAAGAACUGUCACUUCCUCUUGCGAAGACUAUAAAACUUGCUACUACCAAAAAAAAUAAAAAAGUUCUAAAAGAUGGAUGAAGAUGGAUAUAUGAGCAUUGAUCCAAGUAAGAGAGACCAUCCCUUACCAGCCAUUAAAGGAAAGAAAGAUCCUCCGAUGAAUCCUCUCCUGUGGAAAAUUUUGUUCGGCAUUUCGGCUGUAGGAAAUGUGGUCCUGGCUGUGCUUUUGAUUGUUCUCAUUCUUCCAAAUUCAGAGAAUUUCAGUGUUCCGAAGCUCCCAUCGAAGCCAAUCUCCAGCUGCGUAAUGAAUUGUAUUCCUUGCCGAUCAGCUAAGGACAGUAUAACAGCAAAUCUGACUCUGGACCCGAACACAGCUCAUCCCCAGCUCUACGUAUCCUCUGAUUUGAAAAGCGUGAGAUGGAAAGACAUGAAACAGCAUGUGCCCAGCAGUCCUCUGAGAUACGACGUUAUGGCCAGUGUCAUAAGCCACCAGGGAUUCAAUUCUGGGAAGUUGUGCUGGGAGGUAGAAGUGGUGGAGGGAGGGGAGUGGUGGGGGGUGGGAAUUGUUAGGGAAUCUUCAAACAGAAACGGACCGAUUCUUUUCGAUUCUCGUGGGGGCUACUGGGGAGUUCAGCGAAUUGAUGGACGGUAUGAGGCGAUCACCCAUCCCAGGACGAAUUUGACAUUGUGCCAUCCUCCGAAAAGGAUCCGAGUUUCUCUGGACUAUCCACAAGGCCUCUUAGCAUUUUUUGAUGGCGACACGAAUGCCGAAAUCUUUGCUUUUCCGAAAGAAAAUUUUAAGGGAGAGAAGGUUCACCCAUGGUUCUUGAUCUAUAAGUGGAAUGGACAGCUUGUCCUUCACCCAUGAUAUAGUGGAACAAUGGGCUCAUCAUGCUGGAAAAGCUCAAGACUAUCGGCCUUCAGCUCUCCUCCACUCUUUCUGUUUCCUCUUUCUCCACCCCAUUUCUAUUUCCUUUGUCUCCAAUUUCUUUUGUCCUUCUUUUCCCUCUAUUGCAGGGGUGUCAAACUCAAUUUCAUUGAGGGCUGCAUCAGGGCUGUGGCUGACCUUGGGGGGCUGGGUGGGCAUGGCCAGCUUGAUGCUACCUCUCAAACUGUUGGCAUGUUGCUUCUUUGCAUUGUGUAGAUUGGGCCAAAGCCACCACUUUCCUGAUGUUUCCUCUUCGCAUUGGGUAGACUUGGCCAAAACAACUUGGGCUGGCCCCUUACGUUUUCCAGGAUGGCCCCAUGGGUCGGAUCCGACCACAUCAUGAGCCGGAUCUGGUCCACGGACCUUGUGUUUGACAGGUUCUGACAGGUUCUGGAGAACCGGGAGCGGAAAUUUUGAGUAGUUUGGAGAACCGGCAAAUGCCACCUCUGGCUGGCCCCAGAAUGGGGAGGGAAUGGGAAUUUUGCAGGAUCCUUCCCCUGGAGUGGGGUGGGAAUGGAGAUUUUGCAGUAUCCUUCCCCUGCCAUGCCCACCAAGCCACGCCCACCAAGCCACAUGACCCCCACCAAGCCACGCCCACAGAACCAAUAGUAAAAAAAAAUGGAUUUCACCACUGGUUUGACACCCCUGCUCUAUUGCCACCCCAAAUGCCAUAACCACAAAUAUCUCUUCUAGAUAAACAAUUUCAUGAGCGACAAUAAUUAGCUAUGUUUCAAAAAUAAUUUUAAAAAAAGUUUAAUGAAAAAGAACUGGAGGCAUAAAUGAUGUUUCAAUCUUUCACCUGAAUUUGAGGACUGUGCUGAAUACUUAUUUGUGAGGGAUCCUUAGUGGUCUCUGAGAUUGGUAGUCUUUUUGUGUUCCGGGCAGCCAUUCAGCCAGCCAGCCAUGCCUGCCCUCCCUCUGUGGCAGCCCACGUGGAUCCCAGGCAGCACAGCUUCGGGGCCUUUCCUGCUUCUCCUUGUAGCACUGAUCUCCUUGGCUUUUGAAAUCCAGCGCUCUUGGAUUUCAAGAGUGCUCGGGCUCGGCAGAUGAAGAAGCGGCACUGGAUUUCAAAAGCCAACCAACUCAGUGCUACAACGAGAAGAAGUGCCACUCGUCAGUGGUGGGAUUCAAAUUUUUUAACAACCGGUUCUGUGGGCGCAGCUUGGUGGGCAUGGCUAGGUGGCCAUGUGACCAGGUGGGUGUGGCUAGGUGGUCAUGUGGCUGGGUGGGCAAGGCUAGGUGGUCAUGUGACCGGGUGGGCAUGGCUAGGUGGUCAUGUGACCGGGUGGGCGUGGCUAGGUGGUCAUGUGACUGGGUGGGCGUGACCAACUCAACAUCACUUCUUUGCCCCAAUGAUAGUUUUAAGUAUUAAAAAAAAUCAUAUACCAUUAUUAUUAGUUUAUUAUAAAAGAGGUACACAAAACUAGAUUGUUACAAGAGUUUUAAAAUAUUAAUAAAAAACUAUUAAAUACUUAACAAAAAACAAUAAAACUUAUCUAAGGUAUUGCGAAAUCGCAGUUUUAUUGGCGUCCUCAAUUGCCUCUUUUUUCACUUUCACAUGAGCAUCAUCAGCACUGUGAUUUCCUCUCAGCCACUUCUUAACUAAAGGAAUAGGGUCCCAUUUCUGUAGGGGUAGGCCAACUAAAUUAAUGGUCAUUAAGUUAGUUAUAUUAGAAACAGUUAGGUGACUUCUGCUCUCUGAACAUAUGAUGUUCAUUUCCGCAAAACCCCUUUCCGCUUCUGAUGAACAAUUGUUGGCAAUUGUUCUGCCAAUAGCUUUAGCUUUCUUAAUACUGUAAGGAAUUGCAUAUUUCUCGGAAUCUCUCAAAUCAUUUUCUAUAAAAUCUCUAAAUCGUUGAUAUUAAUUUUGUAAUUAAAAAUAUCACUAAAUGCAUCCAAUUCUUUUUCAGCUGCUUUCCAUGGAACUAUUCUUCAAUAUUCCAGUAAUCUGGCUCCAAAACAUUUAGAAAUUGUAAUUUAUUUGUGUCUUGAAAUUGGCUACCUGUUUUUAAAUGUUCACAAUCCAUUAGUCUUUUCUUUAAAAUUGUUGUGAUGCUUUCUAAAAGUCUUUCCCGAGGAAGGCUAACAAAUCAAUGAUUUUCUACGAAUUUUAUAUUUUUGAAGGUUUCUGAAGUAAUUAAUCCAUCAUCUUUUCCUUUCUAAGCAUUUCAAAUGCUUUAAUUGAUCUUAUCACCAAUUUUUCAGCCUUUAUGAUGUCUGUAUUUCUUGCUUGCAGUACAUUUGAAAGAAGAGAAAUUUCUUCCAGAAUAUGGAUCAUCAAUGCCAAAUCAGUCAUCAAAUGUAUAUUUUCAAGACAUUUUUUAUUUGAAUGAAAAUAGUGAUGUAGCACUGGAUAAGCACGCCACACAGCUAGGGUUGACCUUAAACUACAGGCAGCCCAUCUUGGUCCGAAAACUCUACCAAUCUUUAUGAUGUUGAUUUCAAGUUCUUCGGAUAUUUUGUUAAAUUCAGUCUGGUUCUUAUUGGAUUGAUGAAAAAUAGCAUAUAUCUUAUCAAUAAAUAUUUUUAAAUGA